CGUCUCCUCGCCUCAGUCGCCUUGAGAUCGUCAACUUGCAAGUCGUCGUUCUCGCUCACGAAGAUGUCUCGGCUGAUGGCGUCCUCACUCCGGUGUCUGCCCCAGGGCUGGGCCUCCACCUCCCGACUCGGUGCAGGCGGUGCCCGGGCCCUGGGCUCCUCCUGCGCCGUUCUUGCGCCGGCGAAGAGCAAGCAGAGCCUGUCCCGUCCCGGCGUCAAGAACGUGGUGCUCGUGGAUGGCGUGCGCACGCCAUUCCUGAUGUCGGGCACCUCGUACAAUGACAUGAUGCCCCAUGACCUGGCACGCGGAGCUUUACAGGGACUACUUUCGCGCACCGGUUUGCCCACGGAUGCCGUGGACUACAUUGUGCUCGGCACCGUGAUACAGGAGGUGAAAACGAGCAAUGUGGCUCGCGAGGCUGCUCUUGGAGCUGGGUUUUCUGACAGGAUCCCUGCACACACGGUAACCAUGGCCUGCAUCUCGUCAAAUCAAGCCAUGACUACGGGCUUUGGGUUGAUAGCGGCGGGCCAGUGCGACGUGGUGGUGGCCGGGGGAGUGGAGUUCAUGUCGGACGUGCCCAUCCGGCACAGCCGCAAGAUGCGCAAGACCCUGCUGUCUCUCAACAAGGCCAAGACGGUGGGGCAGCGCCUGGCGUUGGCGGCCUCGCUGCGCCUGGCGCACUUCGUGCCAGAGCUGCCGGCCGUGGCCGAGUUCUCGACGAGCGAAACGAUGGGCCACUCGGCGGACCGCCUGGCGGCGGCGUUCGGCGUGUCGCGUGCCGAACAGGACGAGUUUGCGCUGCGCUCGCACUCGUUCGCCAAGAAGGCGCAGGAGCAGGGGCUGCUGUCCGACCUCGUGCCCCUCAAGGUGCCAGGGAAGGACACGGUGACGAAGGACAACGGCAUCCGCCCCAGCAGCAUGGAGCAGUUGGCGCGACUCAAGCCGGCCUUCAUCAAGCCGCACGGCACCGUCACGGCCGCCAACUCCUCCUUCCUGACUGACGGAGCGUCGGCUGUGCUCAUCAUGUCUGAAGAGAAGGCUCUCGCCAUGGGAUACAAACCCAAGGCCUACCUUCGGGACUUUGUGUACGUCUCUCAAGACCCGAAGGACCAGCUGCUGUUGGGGCCAUCCUACGCCACCGCGCGUCUUCUGGCCAAGUCCGGGCUCUCCCUCGGCGACAUCGACGUGUUUGAAUUCCACGAGGCGUUCGCUGGCCAAAUCCUAGCCAACAUGCGGGCCAUGGACUCGGACUGGUUUGCUCAAAACUACAUUGGACUCAAGUCCAAGGUGGGGGCCCCCCCCGCUGAGAAGUUCAACCUCUGGGGGGGCUCGCUGUCGCUGGGCCACCCCUUCGGCGCCACCGGCUGCCGCCUCGUUACCACUGCCGCACAUCGGCUGCACCGCGAGGGGGGGCAGUACGCGCUGGUCGCCGCUUGCGCUGCCGGAGGCCAGGGCCACGGCAUGAUUGUGGAGGCAUACCCACAGAAGUGAGGGCCCUCCCCAGCCUCGGUCGAGGCGAGGAGGAGGUGGAGGCGGCAGUGCCGGUGGCCGUUUCAAUUCAACACGGAGGGGAGGCGUGUGCGGCGAGCCCGACCCCCUGCCUAGCGACGUCGAACCUGGACCCCCCCCCCCCCACCACCUCAGCUUGGCGGCUGCAUCCAUAUGGAGCUCCUGCUUGGAGCUAUCGAGAUGGGACGGGCGUCUCCCAAGUGGUUCAUGAUGGCAAUGUCGGGGCCACUUAAGCGAGCACCGCUGAGAUCUAUUGGGUUCAAAUCCCAGACUCCCCUCCACUCCCCCCCCCCCCCCCCCCACCACAGCCGGUGGUUAAACCAGGUUUGUAGUCGGUAGUGAGUUUGACGUCUCAGCCCAGUCUCCCAGUGACUGCACGAUAGGUCUGUGUCCAGUCAAUGUCAUUAUUGCGCUUAAUGUGACUUCGGUUGGCUCUGAAUGACAGUGGAAGCUGCAUACAAGUAUUUUACACCCCUUGCGAGCGAGGCCAGCUGUGCUUAUAUCAGAAGUAGCGUGCAUCUAUCCAAAUAUACCCUCAGCCUUCCUCCCUGCAGUGUGCUGUCAAUGUGUUUUGCUUAUUUCAGAAUGGUGCUGAUGUUAAAGGGGUGCUUCUCACCAUCCUGAUCUAAUAUCCAUCAGUACAUAGACUCGCGGCAAUCGACCUGAAUUUGUCACAGAGCGUGAAGGAAGCGCCGCUUAGUGUCAGCUGUAACGAUCCGGUACGCUUUUCCGAUAAUUAUUUUGGCACCACGUCACGUGCGUCUCUCCUUUUUGUUCCGUAUCAUUUUUACAAACCUAUUCAUAGGUUUCUAGGAAUAUCGGGUACAAUAAAUGUAGGAGCAUUAUUGUUACGGAUAGAUGUGUACCCUGUCUUCCAGUGGGUCGUGCCUUACACCGAUAAGUCCUUGCUCUGAGCCAGCCGAGCUUUACGGCGUUCCAGGAAGUAUCGAGUAAGAAAUGAAUAGCUGCCUCGCGUGCUGAGCGAUGGGACUAUUUUAGUAAGCAAAACAGUCUUUGAUGGGAGUUUUGGAAUAUAUGGUGACAACAUGAUUUACCAUAUUCUCUGGAUUAUAAAACACUCUGGAAAGUAAUACCUGUUCGAAAUUUGUAUCCGGUGUCAAUAAAAGUCUGGGCACACGCGCGCACAGACAACUACCGGAUUGUAAGACGAACCCCCUAAGUUUUGCUUUAAGAUGCAGUGGGGAGGAAAAAAAUUGUGUCCAGCAUUAUAAUCCCAGAGAAUGCGGACGUUUGUUGUUCUUCCCCCGCACCUCCGAUUAUCAGGGUUGGCUACGUGCAGUGCAAUGUAAGUUCUACAUACAUACCGUUUAAACAUUUCACAUUCUCUGUGCAUGUAUUCCGAAUUAAGCUAAUUUCAAUAAAGAGCAAGUGCUUGACUAAACCACUAUCUCUCCUGUGUAAUAAACUCCCCAGUUGGCAACGGUAAAGCGAUAACACGCAGAUUGUAGCAGUCCCCCUAGAAGGUUGAAAUAAACGCUCUGCUGUUGAAUGGCGCAAUCCAGUCACAGUGGUGGUUUUUGCUGCAUAUCGUUGGAAAGAGUGUUGUGUUUGAAGCGCGUCAUUCGUUAAAGGGAGUGUUUUCUGAAGGGUGCUAUUGUCGAUGCAUUUCUGGGGUUGUGUGGCUGUGUCCGUAUAUUUGUUUGUUGGGCCCAAACUACGUUGCGUAUAAAUAAUAACAAAUCCACCCACUGGGAGGUGUUCGUCAGAAUUGACUCGAUAGCAAUUGAUGUUCUGUUUAUGUAAAAUGUACACCUGGGCAAGCUUUCACUACUGCAGAUGUGGUCUCGGUGGGUCCUCGAAUGACCAUCAGGAAGUUCCGAGGAUGCUUAAAUCGGUCGGGUCAACCCUGAUGCUGUCAAGGGAUAAUUACAUCUGAGGAUGCGUGAGGCUAACAAAACUUUUGAGAUCGCGACAAUGCACUUUGUUCCUAUUCUGUCACCUGAAGACGAUUGCUUGUGUUGCGAUCGAAACGUCGUGAUAGUUUUAUUCUUUUUCUAUCUACGUGGCAUUACCGAAAGACCCAUAGAAUAUAUAUAUUCCUGCAGUCACGAAAGCUUUAAGUCAAGAUUUCACUUUGUUCCUCUUUGCAUUUCUGUUUUCGGUCAAACUGCGGGUUAACAUUUAUUUUCCACUAACCACUUGGCUUGCACUCCAGAUGACGUCUCGAUCUGGGCCUUUUGCAAAUAAUAAAAUAGAAAUGUGA